AUGAAGAAGUUGUCACUGAACCCUACUGAAAAGACCGAGACGCAUGCUGAGUCGUCUGGAGACAAGAAAAGGAAGCAUGCAAAUCUGAAUCAAGCAACAGGCAACAACAAGGGUUCCAACAACAAGAAGCGCGACCCCAACCCGCCUCAGGAGGCGAAAACUCUUGCAACCAUGAAUGACGCUCCUACCAAAAGGUACCUGGGCACUCUGCCCAUGUGCAACCAGUGCAAGCAUCAUCACGAAGGGGUUUGUCGCAUCCCAAAAUGCGACAAGUGUGGAAAAUUGGGUCACCAUGCUGAGGAUUGUUGGGGAAAAGGAAAGAACGGGAAUGGAAACCGCAACGGUGCUGGUAAUAGAAACAAUGGGGGAAAUGGAAAUGGCAAUGGUAACAGGAAUGGCAACGGAAAUGGGCAGAACCAACGACGCUUCGGUUAUGGAAGCAAAGAUCAUUUCAUAAAAGACUGCCCAAAGGGGAAGAAUGCUCCGACACGAGCAUUCACAAUCGGAGCAAGGAACGCACGCGAGGACCCUAAUGAUCUAGUAGAUUAG